CUGUUCUUUACGUCCAACAUAUCGCCCGCUACGUCAAUAUGUGCUUCUACCAUGCAUACUCACACAAGUGCGGCCACACUGAAGUCAUCCUCCAACAGCUUUGCUCCAAGGGGCAGAUGGUUCAGCAGAAGUGUGGAAAAGGACAAGAAGGGAAGAUUCUGACAACGGUCAAAGUAGAAACGUCUUGUGCUUUGUGUCCGAGGAAGGUAAGAGUUGUCCAUCGAUGGCUGCGGUGGUGUUUGGGCAUUGCUGACAAUUUGCAUAGUAACUGAGUUGCAGCAUCUACUCAACUGAAGAACAGCGUUUUG